CUGCAGUGCAGGUUGUACUCUACAUCGUGGAACAGACCUCGUCAGGUCAUGAUGUUGACACAAUGCUCUGGUCACUCUCGCAGUGCUCAGUGCUUUCCAAUUCCUGAAAGCCUCUUCGAGGAGGCUACUGUGCAACCUUAUGUUCACAACUGCUUUGUCACUGUGCACGAAGGGAGACACACCUAUCGAUUCUGCAUAUUCUUCAAACGACAUCUCCAUCUUAGAGCCAACUCACUCCUCAGCAGUGGUGAUCAUCAGUUCCGAGGUGACGUAGUAGUUACAAGGAUCGGAGUCAAAAACCCCUCUGUUGUUAACAUGCGAGGGAGAGACAAUGCACUUGCUGACUUCAUAAUCCACCAGUGA